ACCGUCCAGCCGCAUUUUCAUAACUGUGCUACAGGCCAGUGUGUGCGUGCUGCUCUGGGGGUGUGUGUGUGAGAGAGAAAACGUCAGGCAAGGAAGGGAAAAGUGUGUGUUCGAGUGCGCCUGAGUGUGCUGUGUGUUUGUGUGGAGAGGGAGGGAGAACGAGAGAAAGAGAGAGCGCGCACUCCAGGUUGGCGCAGGCACCGGUCCGGGAGAACGGAGCGUUGUGCAAGGUGGCAGCAUGGCUUCGUCUCACGGGAGAAGCGACCAGCGGUUCGCAGACUGGAUGGCAAGUUUACCACAGAGCAUGCACACUAUUCCGCUCACCAACCUGGCCAUACCCGGUUCCCACGACUCCUUCAGCUUCUACAUCGACGAGGCGUCUCCAGUGGGCCCCGAGCAGCCGGAGACGGUGCAGAACUUUGUUUCUGUUUUUGGCACGGUGGCCAAGAAGCUAAUGAGGAAGUGGCUGGCUACACAGACUAUGAACUUCAACAGCCAACUGGAGGCUGGGAUCCGCUUCUUUGACCUUCGCAUCUCCACCAAGCCCCGCGACCCCGAUAACGAGCUGUACUUCGCCCACGGGCUCUUCAGUGCCACGGUCAGAGAGGGCCUAGAGCAGAUCAGUACUUUCCUGUCAGCUCACGCCAGAGAGGUCGUGUUCCUGGACUUCAACCACUUCUACGGCGUGCAGAACCUGCACCACGAAAAACUGGUGGCCAUGCUGAAAGAAGUGUUCGGGGACAAACUCUGCCCGGUUGUUUUCGCACAGGAGGUGACUCUGCAGUAUCUGUGGGAGAAGGAGUACCAGGUGCUCGUCUUCUACCACCACCCCAUGGCGCUGGAGGUGCCCUUCCUGUGGCCAGGCCAGAUGAUGCCCUCGCCCUGGGCCAACACCACCGACCCAGAGAAGCUCGUUCAGUUUCUCCAAGCAUCUGUCACUGACCGCAGGAGGAAGGGGACGUUCUUUGUCUCCCAGGUGGUCCUGACGCCAAAGGCCAGCACUGUGAUGAAGGGCGUGGCUAGCGGACUGAGAGAGACAAUUACAGAAAGGGCGCUGCCAGGCAUGAUGCAGUGGAUCCGGUCGCAAAGGCCCGGGGAGAGCGGCAUCAACAUCAUCACAGCUGAUUUUGUGGAACUCGGGGAGUUCAUCAGCGCCGUCAUCACCCUCAACUAUCACCUGGACGAAGACGACGAUGACGCCACCUGAGAGCCCACAGGGGGCGUCAGGGAGCGCAGUCGCCCCCCCCACUGUCGCUAGUGGUUGGCUCUGUGCUCUCCCUCUUUUCUCUUUGGCAUUUAUUUCAAGAGGGGAGCUGCACUGCUCCUCUCACUUUAUUUAGGGCUAUAGUGAAGUGAGAGAUGAAAUGGAUGAAAAAAGUGGGUUGAGGAAGGACGAGUUGAAACUGGCAGAAACAACACUGAUGUUUGGGUGGAGCACUACGAGAACGAGGUUUAGUUUUAUUUGUUUCCUGUUUUGGGGGAUAUUUUUUUUAAUUUUCAUUUUCUUAUUCCCUGUGCUGUAAAAAAAAACAAAAGAAAUCCUGCUUUCUCCACUGAUCAAAUGCACUGUUUUUAGGCUUACCACAUCAUCAAGGGUAGGUUCCUCAGAGCAUAUCAGCCUCGUGCUAAAUGUAUUGGUACAACAAUCUUGGUAUUCUAGUAUUAAUAGUGACCGCCUUUUUUCAAAGGUUGUUUUAAAUAAGUCCGUGUUACUUAAAAUUGUAGGCCGGUGUUAGUAGCUAGCAGUUGUAUGUCUUGUUUGGAAAAUCUGUCCAAGUGAAGUCUCUCUCUUUUUUUAAUAUAUAUAUAUAAUUUAUUUUUCGUUAAACAGUAUGCAUCCCUGGUCAGAUCACUGUGGGUGUUUUUGAAAAAAAAAAAAGGAGCUUGAAAUCAGAUCGUGUUUAAGAAGUUUUGUUAAAAAUGUUUCAGUCGAUACACGGACUCUAAAUGAACCAUUUCCGCCUUUUAUUUCUAAUCUCUUGUGGGCCUUCCAGCCGGUAAUACUCAUUCUUGCAGCCAAGACAUUUAUCAGACACCACAAAUCUAUUGAUUGAUUAAAACCAUUGAUUCACUCACUUAAAGGAAAGAGAGAGCUGGGAAAGCGCGCCACUUACAGUGGUUGUGUCCCUACAUUAAUCCUUCGUGCAUCUAAGUAACAAUUUUCCAUUCCAAGCGUGUUUGCAACAUAAGCAUCAGCUCUCACUGUUAGAAAUGCGGUCAGCGCAGCUAGUCAUUUCUAAUGGUUAGACACCAGCAUGACACGAUUGUUGUAUUCUGUGGUGGGUGCUGAGUCGUGAUAGCCAAGUAUAAAAAUAUACAACAUACCUGGGUGCAAGAGCGUAUCCACCGUCUGUCUUUUCCUUUUCUGCUCGCUUGCCCCCUGUGCGAGCGUGUCUGUACCUACUGCUAUUGUGCAGUAUAGGCAUAUGAGUCACCAUGAGAAAUAUCACCAUGUUGUGUCUUUUAUAAUAGCAUGUGAUAAAGGUGGAUUUUCUGGUGCAAUACAUUCACGACGCUCUUGUUCUUUUUUUUUUAUGUAUAAUGCAUUUAAUUCUUUAUCCUGCAACGUUUAACUUAAGACGUACAUCGAAAUAGCGCCCAGAAAGACAGCGGAAAUAUUUUUAUUGCAAGAUUUUACACAUUAUGCAUGAAAAAAGAAAAAAGAAAAUAAAUAAAUAAAUAUCACAUACUACUCCAACAUCCACACAGCUGAUGAUCAGCGUGGCAUUUUCUGCAGAGAAUGUAUUCUGCCUGGGACGUUGUUGUCGAGUUUGGUCACAUAAAGCCAAAAAAAAAAUAAUAAUAAAACAAAAAACAGGAAACUCAGUUCUUUGGAUUGGUGAAUGUACUGUAUGUGUCUCGUGAGUAACUGUGCCAUUUCUAAAAGUCUUGCGUGAGUGACUGAGUUUCAGCUAGGGAGUCAUGUUUGUAUUAUAUGCUUCAGUGUGAAAAUGGGUUCCAGUUUUAGAGUUUCACUUUUCUGUGCAGUUUCUUGUUAAAAUGUUUUAUAUUGUGGAAAGUUUCUACAUACUGUAAUUGCAAAUAGUACACUGCCGAUAAAUUGUAAAUUAUUUAAAUAACUACUGAGAGUCAUUAUCAGCAUUUUCUUAACUUAUACCUUGAGUGAGCUACCAUACCGCUCCUGUUUUUCAAAUUCAUUUGGUACUUUGCAUUUGUGCAUGAACCAAAAACUUCUACAUGUAUCGCUUGUUGCAAGCCAACGACAAGGUCCAUGAGUUUGUGCAUAAUCUUUUCUAUAUGUUGUUAGUUUCUUCAUAUUGUUCUUAAGAGCAUGUGUGCAUCUCAGCUGAAAAUGUUCCUUCCCUUUAAGACAAAACUUUAGUUACUUUUUAAAUGUUGCACUGCUACGAUUCCGUGCACUUCAUUAAGAAAAAAGAAAGAAAAAAAAAACACACACACAAAUGAGCAGUAUUAAAAAUGCUUGCAAAUUGUGCUGUAAGGACAUUUGUGUCUUCCCUGGUCCAAACUGUUGUCAUUGCCUUUAUGUUCUGAUGUGAAAAGAGUCCUUUGCUGUUGUAAAACUCCAAGACAUUUGUUCAAAUGAAAGUGACUCUGUUCUAAGUGGAUAAUGGCCGAAAAAUAAAGCUUCUAUUCC